AGAAACCUCACUGAGUCCGCAUCAAGUCUACUUCACGUUUGCUCCAAUUUAAUUGUCUUUGCUACAAGUUAAUUUCAGCAGGAUUUUUCUUUCUUCGUGUUUCAAGACAAGGAUACAAAACCGACCAGUUUACUGUGGAAUUAACAUGUAGGCCUAAUUAACACCCCGGAUUACCGCAAUUUGACCCCGAAUUGGCCGCUCGAAAUCUGCUCAGUAGUGACAUGCAGCACGUAUGGCUAAAUCCCACUUGCAUAGCACUACAUUUCCCAUGAUCCUUAUCUUCGUUCACUGUGUCUGUGAAGGAUCAUCAGCGUUACUCUGUAGUGCCUACAGGGGGAGUGAAGACCAUGGGAGGAGUGACAGCGUUAUUAUAAUCAUAUAAAUACCGAGGCAGCGCGUUCACUCAAUUUUAACAAGCACUGGAGCAAGGAGGGACGCUGGGACAUUUUCCAUAGAAUAAACAAUCCCUGGUGAAGGAGUAACACUUGAAGAAACUCAGUAAAAGGACAAGCUGCCGCUUGGAUUAAUAGGAUGGUAAUUAGAGUUUACAUUGCCUCUUCGUCAGGUUCUGUUGUGAUCAAGAAGAGGCAGCAGGCGAUUGUGGGAUUUCUGGAGGCCAACCGGAUCACGUUCGAGGAGGUGGACAUCACCAUGCUGGAGGACCAGAGGCUCUGGAUGUACCGGAACAUUCCGGAGGACAAGCACCCGGAUAAGGGGAACCCCCUCCCCCCUCAGAUAUUUAACGGAGAGCAGUACUGUGGGGACUAUGAGGACUUCUUCCAGUCCAAGGAGAACAACACUGUGUUUGCGUUCCUCGGACUCCAGUCCCAGCCUGCCGUUAAGGCGGAAUCAUAAGCUUGGAAGCUCCGAGCCCCCAAGCACUCUCCGAAGCCUAUCGACAUUCCUCCAUUACAUCACUUCCACUUCCUGUUAUACCGUGGAGCCACUGCAGCUUUGCCCAAUACCGCCACGCCCCCACCCCCCCACCCCCCCA